CACCCUGCGCCCAUUAGAGGGAAGUCUAAAACCAUCUCCAUGGCAAUUUUAAAACUGGUUGUAAACACAAAGAGUAGCUACUGUGCAAGGAGCGAGCUACAGCUACAAGUUAAACCCUCUAACAACAUGGAGAAAAUAGAUCUCGAUCAAUCCGCUUUAAAAGCAGUUGAUGACUACUGGGAAUACAGAAGGAUUGUGGGUGAUGAUGAUGGAGAAAAGCUCUUCACUCCAGAGCAAUAUGAGGAAUACAGGAAGAAGAUGUUUUCUCAGCGACUUAAAAACCGGUUAUAUGUGAGCUAUGGAGUGCCUGGGGGUAUUGACUGUAAGCUGAUUGGCCCAGAAACACAGUGCUUCUGUGCACAUAGGUACAAGCAACAUAAAACAGACUGGGAAGUGGUUCCCUCUGAGCGACCCCUGGCCUUACCAUGCAGAGUCAAGGGAUGCUGCUGCCCUGCCUACGAGUACGUCCCUCGGCUUGGACCAAACCCUGUGCGCUGCAGGUGUAAACACUUACCUCAACAUCACAGUGAAGCAGCAGGCCACUUGUGCAAGUCUUGCAGUUCUUGUUCUGGAUUCCAGAGUCCCUACACCUGUGGGUGUGGCCAGCCCAGCUCUGAACACCAGACUCUGGUUGAGACAAAACUGGAGAGGCAGGCACGCGGUCAGCCUGUGGGCAGGGAUGUCCCUUAUGCUGCCAUGGGUGGGCUGACAGGGUUCAGCUCCUUGAUUGAUGGUUACCUAGCUUUGGAAAUCAGUGGCUCAGAUCAAGAAAGCCCUCAGCAGAGCUGCUCGGCAUUAAAGACCAACCAAACAUCAGCUAAAGCAUCAAGGUUUGCUCUCUGUAAGAGAGGGACCAACAAACAAUAAAAUACAACAUCGGUUUGUGUGUAUCCAUAGGAUAAUGAAUAUGAAAUACUCAAUACAUACAUAUUUGGACAAUGCUGGGAGAUUUUAGAUAAAAGAAAAAAGCUUUAAUUCAAGGGUUUAACAAAAGUCCUGCAUUGACUGUUUAAGAAUUACAGCUGUAUAACUAAAUGGGGGUGUGGCGAAAUGCAGAUUGUAUGUGGAUUGCAGGCAGUGAGUAAGCAUUGUAAGAAUUACAGCCAUUUUUAUACACUAUCCCCCAUUUACAGAGGCGUAAUUAGAUAAACCUGUUAUGAAACGACUGUAUGCAGGCAGGAAAAGGACCCAAAGUGCAGACUCCGGAGACAAACGUUCAGCACAGCUUUAAUGCUGAACUCAAAAGUGUAACAAAACUGAGACUACAAAAUACACCUACGCAGACAGCACACACAGCGAGAUACGAGUAGAUCAUGACACUGACAAACUGAAACACAGGGCUUAAAUACAUAGAGGGAGCAAUCAGGGAAUGGGCAA